AUGAUGAAUACAAAAUUUAAUCCAAGCGAUCUUCAAAUUAAAACAUGGUCUAUACAACGAACAUUAGAUCCAUUAGUUGCUGAGGUAACUUCAUUAGUAUCUGAACAACCCUCAAAUAUGAAGAAAGGUCAAUCAAAACGAGCUCAUCUAUUAGUUUCCAAUGUUAUUCAAGCAAUAGAAAAUUUUAUUAAUAAAGCUGAAGAAAUUGUUCAUGAAAAUCCUGAUAUGCGAAAUGAAUUAUUAGAAUGUAUGGAAGAAGUUAAACGAACAGGUGAUGAAAUGGCUGAUCUUUCAAAAGAAUUUGCUGAUGAUCCAUGUUCAAAAUCUAAACGUGAACAAAUGAUUCUUGCUGCUCGUGCUUUACUUUCAGCUGUAACUCGUUUACUUAUGUUAGCCGAUUAUGUUGAUGUUCAACUUAUUUUAAAAUCUAUUCGUUUAGUUGAAAACGAUUUACAACAUAUUCGUGAUGCAUCAAAUCAAGAAGAAUUAAUUCAAUUCUAUAAACAAUAUGGAAAAAAUAUGACUAAUUUAACUAAUCAUACACAACGACGACAACAAGAUUUGGUCGAUCGAAAUGAACAAGAACAAUUAGCUGCUGCACGUGCUACAAUAAAACGAUCAUCAAUGAUGUUAUUAACUUCAGCAAAAACAUAUUUACGACAUCCUGAAAUACCAUCAUCACGUGAAAAUCGUGAUUUUGUUUAUAAUCAAUUACGUGAUGCCGUUCAUACUAUUUCUUCCAUAACACAAGGUCAAGCGGGAGCAUUAGAAAUUGAUCCAUCAUUGAAUACUGUUGGAGAUUUAACAAGAGCAUUAAAUGAAUUUGAUCGUCUUGUUAUGAUAAAACCACAAAAAUUUAAUGAACAAAUUAUUCGUCCACAACUUGAAGAACAUCUUGAAGGUAUUAUAUCAGGUGCUGCAUUACUUGCUGAUUCAUUAUCAACAAGAGAAGAUCGUCGUGAUAGAAUUGUACAAGAAUGUAAUGCUGUUCGACAAGCUUUACAAGAAUUACUUGAUGAAUAUAUUCGUUAUGGGAAAAAGAAAAGUUCAGAUGAAAUUAUCAAUGGUAAAAUUCAGUUAAUGCAAACAAAAACACGUGAUUUAAGAAAACAGGUAAAAUGA